CUUCUAGACGUGGAGCACAAGGAGGACGAGGGUGGGGACUCGGCAAAGAAUGAGGGAGCUCGAGGGAGGCUCCGUGGGGGAGUGGGCUGGGAAGUCAGCCUCCGUCAAAGACCCAUGCCCAGAGUAACCUUCCAGGCCGGUGACCCUUAUUACAUUAGCAAGAGGACCAGGGAGGAGUUGCUGGCCAAGUGGAAGUUGGAGUUCCCUACGUUGCAGGCAGAGAAGAAGGCAAAACUGGUGUCUGUGAUGAACUCAAUGGAGGACCAUGGCGAGGUAGAGUCGGAGCCUCAAAAAGACAGCUCCAUAAUCACCGUCCCACUACUCUUUCCUCCACCGACGCCACCAACACAGCAGCAACCGCCACAGCCUCAAGCUCAACCUCAGACCAACCUCAAAUCCCAGCCUUCUCCCCAGCAACAACCUCCACCAUUCCAACAGCAACAGCAGCCUACGGACCCAGCCUCUCCAACUGUUGCCACCACCCCAGAGCCCGUGUCUAUAGGGGACGGAGACAAGACCUCACCCAAGUCCACUGACACAGAGUCGGAGUAUGAGGAUGGCCGAGGUUUCAGCAUUGGUGAGCUUGUGUGGGGAAAGUUACGAGGAUUCUCCUGGUGGCCCGGCCAGAUUGUAACCUGGUUAAUGACUGGACGCAGCCGGGCGGCUGAAGGCACUAGAUGGGUCAAGUGGUUCGGUGACGGCAAGUUUUCUGUGGUCUGUGUUGAGAAACUGUUGCCUUUAAGUUCCUUCCACAAAGCCUUUCACCAGCCAACCUACAAUAAACAACCAAUGUACAAGAAAGCCAUCUUUGAAGUGCUACAGGUAGCCAGCACUAGAGCAGGCAAAACCAUCCUCAUAUGCCCGGAGAGUGACGACACUGACACUUCUAAGUCAGUAGACAUGCAAAACAAACAGAUGAUUAAAUGGGCCAUGACAGGAUUUCAACCCACAGGACCUAAAGGUCUAGAGCCGCCUGAAGAGGAACGUAACCCCUGCAAGGAAGUAUAUCCAGAGAUGUGGGUAGAGCCAGAGGCGGCGGCCUACACGCCCCCACCAGCAAAAAAGCCCCGCAAGAGCACAGCCACAGAGAAACCCAAGGUCAAAGACAUCAUCGACGAGCGGACUCGAGAGAGGCUUGUAUACGAAGUUCGUCAGAAAUGUAGAAACAUUGAAGACAUCUGCAUCUCCUGUGGCAGCCUUAAUGUUUCCCUGGAGCACCCACUCUUCAUUGGAGGAAUGUGCCAAAGCUGUAAGAACUGCUUCCUAGAAUGUGCGUAUCAAUACGAUGACGAUGGCUACCAGUCAUAUUGUACUAUCUGCUGUGGAGGGAGAGAAGUGCUCAUGUGCGGAAACAAUAACUGUUGCAGGUGUUUCUGUGUGGAGUGUGUGGAUCUGUUGGUGGGGCCCGGCGCGGCGCAGGCAGCUAUUAAAGAAGAUCCGUGGAACUGCUAUAUGUGUGGGCCGAAGGCUCAAUAUGGCCUGCUGGAGCGCAGAGCGGAUUGGCCUUGCAGACUACAGCACUUCUUUGCCAACAAUCACGACCAGGACUUUGAACCACCAAGGCUCUACCCUCCGGUUUUGGCAGAGAACAGAAAAGCCAUUCGCGUCCUGUCACUUUUUGAUGGGAUCGCAACAGGGCUGCUGGUUCUGAAGGAGCUGGGUAUCCAGGUGGAGCGUUACGUGGCCUCAGAAGUGUGCGAGGACUCCAUCACUGUGGGCAUCGUUCGGCACCAGGGACGCAUCAUGUACGUGGGUGAUGUGAGAAACGUCACCCAUAAAAACAUUCAGGAAUGGGGUCCUUUCGAUCUUGUCAUCGGUGGAAGUCCGUGCAAUGACUUGUCAAUAGUGAAUCCUGCAAGAAAAGGUCUCUACGAGGGCACGGGUCGACUCUUCUUCGAGUUUUACCGGCUGUUACAUGAGGCCCGACCUAAAGAGCGAGAUAACAGGCCAUUCUUCUGGCUCUUUGAGAAUGUGGUGGCCAUGGGUGUCAGCGACAAGAGGGACAUCUCUCGCUUUUUAGAGUGCAACCCAGUGAUGAUCGAUGCCAAGGAGGUGUCUGCUGCCCACAGAGCUCGCUACUUUUGGGGUAACCUGCCUGGCAUGAACAGACCGUUGACCGCCAUGUGCACUGAUAAACUGGACCUUCAAGACUGUUUGGAGCAUGGCAGGACAGCUAAGUUUGAUAAAGUACGGACCAUCACCACUCGGUCAAAUUCCAUAAAGCAGGGCAAAGACCAGCACUUCCCUGUCUUCAUGAAUGAAAAAGAGGACAUCCUGUGGUGCACUGAGAUGGAGAGAGAGAUCUCGAGGGCCCGCUUCAGUGAACAGGUGUUCGGCUUCCCUGUCCAUUACACAGACGUGUCGAACAUGAGUCGUCUGGCCAGGCAGAGGCUGCUGGGAAGGUCGUGGAGCGUCCCGGUCAUCCGUCACUUGUUUGCACCACUCAAAGAGUACUUCGCCUGCAUCUGAACUCAAAUCCAGUACAGAUGAGAAAAAUCUAAACCGAUGUAAUACCAAGAGCUUCGAAAGCAAGCUCUCGUAUGUUAUUUGCAAGUUCGACAUCAGAAAAAAAAAAAGUUAUUUUAUGUUUUGGUUUUAUUCUUCUGGUUUGGAAUAAUUGACUCUUUUUUUUAAUUCUAUUUAAUUUUUUGUAUUAUUCAUUUGACUUUUUAGCAGUGUUAUCCAGUAUUUGAUUUAUGUGUGCAAGCUAUACUUGAGACACGGCCUCCUUUUAAGGCACUGAGAGACGAUGUAACAAUUCGAGGCAGAAACGAGAAGUUCGUUGAGACGGAAAUCGCAUUUAGUUCGCCCAAACAUUUCGCCUCCUGAAUUUUUCGACUGUCGGGUCGCGGAUCGAUCUAAUUCUCGCGGUGCGCGUCUGAGCCUUGAAAAAAAAGUUUUCUCUUAGUGUCAGGGGAGCUCUGUCUUAACCAAUCCAAAACACCAGAUCACAAAUACCUCUUUGUUUACAGUUUCUAUACACAACUGAAGGUAAUAAAGGUACUACUGUAAUAGGUGACAAUAUGGUGCUUCAAGGUGGUGAAAAACAUUGCAACUCAUGUGGUGCUACUACUCGAAACAAGAUCAUGGGGUCACGUUUUGUACCAUCGCCAGGUAAAACAAACGACUGAAACCUUGAAGAAAAAAAAAACCCCGACAGGUCAAGCCAGGUCUGCCACAUCUCAUUUUAUAUCUUUUACAGCCUUUUUGUACAAUAUUCUCUGGUGCUCUUUUCAAAAAAAGAAAAAACACACGCCUGCUUCCUUCAGUAUGCCUGCAAUCCGAACGCAUGAAACCAGCCACAUGGGCGGUGAUGUUUUUGUCAUCCAUACCUUGAAAUCAAAGGCUGUGGUGAGCUACUUUUUUUCUAGUGUCACACAGGCCAGAAUCAUUACUGUACAACUCUUAGCGCGCGUGGCGGCCGCAGGAAGGAUGGCGUCGGGUCGUUUUGUCAUUUUGUCGGCCAGGUGAAUCAGCCUUCAACUGCGGCGUCCGCAGGCUAUUCUCAGUCAGGUGCAAAACUAUAAAGGUGCGGCUUCACAAUGUUCUUCUACCUUUUAAUAGCAAUUUUUUUGUGCUGUGUUACCAACAAUAUCGAGCACUUUUGUAUAUGUAUACUUCUUUAUUUCUUUGAUAUUUUUUUUAAUCUUUCUCCUUGAUUCUUGUGAAUUGUUCUUUUUUUUUCAGUUAUGUUUAAUGAUGUGAAACUCUUGCCGUUAUAUAAGGUAAUACUUUGUUGUGUACAGUAGGGCUGUGCCAAUAGAUGUGAACGAAUGAGCUAGGAUAGAAUAAAUCCGUCUGUCGUGCCGGUGGUGAAGGGGCCGAAUUCCAAUAGCACCCCUCUCAUGUUUCCAUGUGCUACAUGAGAUACAGUAUAGUGUCUGCUCACGGUUCUUACCGCUGUAUAAUCCCAAAGUGAGUGUGUUAAGUAUCCCUGUAGGAAAAGUAGUCGGAUGGGGUUAAAUGCGUCUGGUCCCUAGCGUAGAUCUGAAAACAUUAUUAUGUUUGCCAAUGGUGAAUGUUGACCAUGUCAAUAAUUUAGUUAUCACGCAAGCUAUAUAGGCUAAAUUUGUGAAUCUGGUUAGAAACGGUCGGGCUCUAAUGAAAUCCUUGUUAGGCGCUUUUUAUUUUAUUUAAGGCAUUGCACUGCUUACAUACCUUAACAUUUGUCACGUUUAGCAAAGUUGCUUUUAUUAUGUUCCCAAUUUUAUCGACGCCCAGAUUUGUUUCUUUUUGUACAUUUUGUACAUAGAAAUUGUCUGUUGCUUUUUUUUAAUGACCUGUGAGAUGUACAAAUAUAAUUCUUUGCUAAUAUAUAUCAUAGAAUCAAAACAGCACUCAAAUCGCAAGAGGGGGGUAAUUGACAAAAUGGCAACAAGCUAAUUGACAUAAGCUAUAAAGCAGCAGGGUGUCUUUUGUAAUUCAUAUUUAUAUGUGUCGAACGGAGGAUCAAACUAAAGAAUGAGUUCGCUAAGUGAUUUUAACAGUCCCAUCUUUACUGCACAGCCCUACAUACAAAAGUGUGUUUCGAUUUGCUUUUUAAUUCUUGUUUUAAGUACUAAGAGAGGGAUUGUAGGUGUUUCAUAAGGUGCUAAACAUUUUAUCUAAUUGAGAAAAAUAUAUUAUUUGGAAAAUAAAUAAACUUGUCUUGAUAAUGACUGUUUUUUUUUUUCUCGAUUGUUUCUUGUAGUAUUGGAGAAGCACUAUUAUUUUACUCUCUCAUAUAAAGAUAUUAACAAAGGCAUUUUAACUUUGUACUUGAAAAAAAUAAUGAUAAAUGAUGAAAGAUUCUUAUAUUGUUUUAGAAUAGACAUUGCUGUAGUUGGUGCUUAUCUGUGGGAAAUCGUACUCAUAAUGGGAAAUAAAAAAAAUAAAUAA